AUGCUCACAUAUUUGGCUAAAGAUGGCCCAUACAAAGCCACUACAGUUAGAACGAUAAAAGGAGCAUGCGCUGAGAGAGUAUUUACAGAAGCACCAAAUAAUCUUUCAACUGAUGCAGAUUGCUAGAAAUAUAAGAAUAAUGUUAAACAACCGAUUAAGGAUGCUCAAAUAUCAAGAAUGUGA